AUGGGCGCUGGAACCUCAAACAGCCGCCGCAUCGGGCAAACUAAAUCGCGAUCCGGGUGUAAAAUCUGCAAGAUCCGGAAAGUCAAGUGCGGCGAGGAAAAACCAGCUUGUGUUCGUUGCUCCAGUACGGGGCGACGGUGCGAGUAUGAGGAGAACGGAACUCCUCCGAAGGCUCCCUCCACUCCCUCAUCGCUGAUACCAAGCCAUACACCGUCAUUGUCGCCAAAUUCAGGAAGGCGCGAGCGCCGUGCGUUCGAGUACUACUUUCAACAUGCCGCGAAAUACCUCGCUGGCGGUAUGAAUAUAGAUUUCUGGACAGACGUUGUCCCACAGAUUUGCCGCACAGAGCCCGCUGUGUGGGAUGCUAUGAUCGCGAUCAGUGGACUUUUUGAAUACCCAGACCAGUGCACGGACUUUAUCUUCUUAAAACACAGUAAACAACAAUCGCAUCAUCUCAAUCAGGCUCAACAGGAAGCUUUGACAUGGUAUUCGCGCUCAAUGUCCGGCAUCCACUCUCAGAUCGAGCGCGGGAGCGCAGACCCAUACGUUGCUUUGAUUAGCUGCGUGCUAUUCAUCUGCAUAGAGACCAUCCAAGGACGUAUGGAGGGGGCACUCCGACUAUACAAACAGGGUGUCACUUUGAUACUUGACCUGCGAACUCAAGUGGCCUUGGGAGGAGUAACCGCUACAAAGACUGCUCUUCUAGAGCAUACCAUCAUUCCCCUCUUCUUGCGACUGGGCACCAUUUCCCUAACCAUUUCCGGCGUUCAACCAAGCGAGCUUUUUGCGUUUUCAGAGCACGGUUCGAGCACUAAAUUCACGUCGAUCAUCUCUGCUCGAUCUACAAUGACUAUUCUUGCCACGGAAGUGAUACUCUUCGAGCGUGAAGGAACAGUACACCUGAGGGCUGUUGGUGGUGAAGCUUUCAUUCAGCCGUACAUGGUUGCGAAAAAGCAGUGUCUGCAAAAUCGACUCGAUGACUGGUACCGUGCUUAUGCCUACUUGUGUCGGAAUAUUCAGGCUGGAUCUGCAUCUUCAUCUCCACUACUAAGCGAGCCUAUCCUCCUCACAUACCACGCAGCCGCAUCUAUAAUGCUCUCUGGGAGCCUGACCGAUCUGGAGACCGUUUAUGAUGCCCAUCAUGCGGAUUUUGUUACCAUCAUCGAACAGGCUGACCUGGUGCUUGGUACCUCGGCCGGCCCAGAUGCUCACAACCACCCUUUACUUUUGAAAUGGGAGUCGGCAUCCCGCUCUUCCUCACUUCAAUGA